AUGUCGUAUGCCUAUAACCCCAGCACGCCCCGCCCCUCGCCCCGUGCGCCUGUGCCGCCGGCGCGCGCGUCCCCGCCCCUCGCCGCGCGCCGUCGCCUCGGGGGAGCCGGGAGGGCGGCGCGCGGUCGCGGUUCUCCUCCGCGGGAGGCUGCGGCGCCGCGCGGACGGGCGGCGCGGGGGGAACGCGGCGGAACUCCGGGCGCUGCGGCGGGGGCGACCGGACGCCAUGGCGGCCGCCGCGGCGAGGUGAGGGGCCGCCUCCCUUCCCCAGCCGAGGAGGCCGCGGCCGGCUGCCCGCCUGCCGUCCACGCGGGCCGCGGCUGCGGCAUGGCCGGCAUCAUUAAGAAGCAGAUCUUGAAGCACCUGUCCCGGUUCACUAAGAAUCUUUCCCCAGACAAGAUCAACUUGAGCACUCUGAAAGGGGAGGGUCAGCUGACCAACCUGGAGCUGGACGAAGAGGUGCUGCAGAAUGUGCUGGAACUGCCCACCUGGCUAGCCAUCACCAGGGUCUACUGCAACAGGGCCUCCAUCCGGAUCCAGUGGACCAAGUUGAAGACACAUCCCAUCUGCUUGUGUCUGGAUAAGGUGGAGGUGGAGAUGAAGACUUGUGAGAGCCCGCGGCCCCCCAAUGGGCAGUCUCCCAUUGCCCUUGCUUCAGGACAGAGUGAGUAUGGCUUUGCCGAGAAGGUGGUGGAGGGGAUGUUCAUCAUUGUCAACUCUAUCACCAUCAAGAUCCACUCCAAGGCCUUCCAUGCCUCGUUUGAACUGUGGCAGCUCCAGGGUUACAGUGUCAACCCCAGCUGGCAGCAGAGUGACCUGCGUCUGACCCGCAUCACUGACCCCCGCCGAGGAGAGGUUUUAACAUUUAAGGAAAUAACUUGGCAGACACUUCGAAUUGAGGCAGAUGCCACAGAUAAUGGUGAUCAGGACCCAGUUACCACCCCGCUGAGGCUCAUUACCAACCAAGGCCGAAUCCAAAUAGCCCUCAAGAGAAGAACCAAAGAUUGCAAUGUGGUUGCCUCCAAGUUGACGUUCCUGCUGGAUGACCUGCUCUGGGUGCUGACUGACUCCCAGCUCAAGGCAAUGAUGAAGUAUGCCGAGUCGCUGAGUGAGGCCAUGGAGAAGUCAGCCCAGCAGAGAAAGAGCAUGGCUCCCGAGCCUGUGCAGAUCACUCCACCUGCUCCCAGUCCCAGUGCCCAACAGACCUGGGCUCAGGCAUUUGGUAGCAGCCAGGGCAACAGCAACAGCAGCAGUAGUCGCCUGAGCCAGUAUUUUGAGAAAUUUGAUGUCAAAGAGUCUUCCUACCAUCUCCUCAUCUCCCGCCUGGACCUGCAUAUUUGUGAUGACAGCCAGUCCCGAGAGCCAGGCGUCUCUGCAAACAGACUUACGGGUGGUGCCAUGCAGCUGACCUUCCGCCAGAUGGCGUUCGACUACUAUCCCUUCCACCGGGCAGGUGACAGCUGUAAGCACUGGGUGCGGCACUGUGAGGCCAUGGAGACCCGAGGCCACUGGGCCCAGGAACUGGUGACGGAGUUUCAGAGUAAGAUGCAGAAGUGGCUUGAGGAGACCAGUGUGAGACCAUCAUGGCACCUGGGGGUAGAGGCUCCCUUCCGGAAGAAAGCAGACUCUUUCUCUGGUCCUGGAAAGAGCCCUCUUGACAAAAGCCCUGCCCUGGGCCACCAGGCUGCCUUGGGGCCUCCAGCAUGGAAUCGCUUACGCUCUAGCUGCCUGGUUGUGCGAGUAGAUGACUUGGACAUCCACCAGGUCUCCACAGCUGGACAGCCGAGUAAGAAACCGUCCACUCUGCUCUCCUGCAGCCGCAAACGCCACCACCUUCCGGCUCAGGUAGCUGCUGUCCAUGUACAGUUCACUGAGUAUUACUUCCCGGAUAAUCAGGAGCUUCCAGUUCCCUGCCCCAACCUCUACGUCCAGUUAAAUGGCCUGGCAUUUACUGUGGAUCCUGUCAGCUUGCUUUGGGGAAACCUCUUUUGUCUAGAUUUAUACCGCAGCUUGGAGCAGUUCAAAGCCAUCUAUAAGCUGGAAGAUUCAAGGCAGAAAGAUGAGCACUUGGACAUUCGACUGGAUGCAUUCUCGUUGAAGGUGAGCUUCCCGCUCGAGAGGAGAGAGCAGGCGAAGCUGCAUCGACCCCAGGCGCUUGUCUUUUCUACGACAGGCGUGAUUGCCACCAACACUCGGCACGCCCCACACUGCACCUGUCCUGACCUCCAGAGUCUCUUCCAGGGUUUUGCUGCUGCCGAGUUCUUCCGCUCUAGUUAUGGUCACUUUCCCAAGGCUCCGGGGGGCUUCAGCCUUCUGCACAUGCUCUUCCUGCAUCAUGCUUUCCAGAUGGAUUCCCACCCAGCUCAGCCUAGCCCUGUCCCUCCUCAGAGGCCUGCAGCAUCCCAGGAUCUUUGGUCCUUGCACUUUACUCAGGUCUGCUUGGACUUUGAAGGCACAGAAAACCUCAAAGGCCAUACUCUGAACUUUGUGGCCCCCUUUCCCUUGUCCAUUUGGGCUUGCCUUCCUCUCCGCUGGCAGCAAGCCCAGGCACGGCGGCUCCUUUUGGCCUCAGAGGGGAGGCUGAAACCGUCAGCCAGUUUUGGCAGUCCUGUGCACUCUGAAGCUCUUGCCCCCGAGUCUGUGUCCCAUCAGAGGUCAAAGACUGAACGAGAUUUGAAAAGCCUCUCGGGGUCUGCAGCAGUCCCAGCGUUCCCGGGAGAGGGUGAUGCUGCCUCGGAGCACAGAGGGCACGUGGCAGAGCUGGGGGACGUGGCCGAUGUCCAUGUGCUCGUGCACUCUCCUGCCCAUGUCAGAGUCAGGCUGGACCACUACCAGUACUUGGCUCUGCUCCGCCUCAAGGAGGUGCUUCAGGGGCUUCAGGAGCAGCUGACCCAGGACACGGAGGCCAUGACCGGCUCUCCCCUGCAGGACCAGACAGCUUGCAUUGGUGUCCUCUUCCCUAGUGCUGAGGUGGCUCUCCUCAUGCAUCCUGCCCCUGGGACUGCUGGUGCCGACUCUGCAGGCUCAGAUACCACCAGCCUCAUAGACUCAGAGCUCUCUCCGUCAGAGGACCGGGAACUGAAGUCGGAUGCCUCCUCAGACCAGGGCCCAGUAAGCCCUCAGAAGGUCCUGAAGGACAGCAGUGUUGGAAACCUCGAUGCAUCCCAGGAAAGGCUGCAUAGUGAUGGAGAGCUACAGGACUUUGGUUCAUUUGCACAGCAGCCAGCAGGGAAGAGCCAUGAGGCAGUCGAGUCUCUGCAGGCCAAGAAGUUGAGCAGAGCUCAGACCGCCAGCUCACCAGCUGCCUUGACGUCCCCAGCUGAUAGGGACGCUGCUCUGAAUGGACAAGGCGAGCCCAUACCUUUGAGGAACAUUGAAGGGGAAUUAUCCAGUGCUAUUCACCUGACCAAGGAUGCCACAAAAGAGGCUCUUCAUGCUACCAUGGACCUCACCAAGGAAGCUGUGUCCCUGACUAGGGAUGCCUUCAGUUUGGGUAGAGAUCGGAUGACCUCCACCAUGCACAAGAUGUUGUCCCUGCCUCCUGCCAAGGAAGCCAUGGUGAAGCCUGAUGAGGGACCCCCAGUGACUGGAGCUGCUGCCCGGCUCCGGUUUUUCUCCAUGAAGAGGACAGUCUCUCAGCAGUCAUUUGAUGUUGUCUCGGUGGACAGCACUGGCCCUGAGGACCGGAUUUCGGUGGACAGUGAUGGCAGUGACAGCUUUGUGAUGCUCUUGGAGGCUGAGUCUGGUCCAGAGUCUGUUCCACCAGGAUCUGGGACAAGUGUCUUGGAUGACAGUGGUGUUCAAGGGAGCCCUGUUACGGAUAGUUGCGGCCAGGGGUUGCCAGAGACCAACAGCUCAGUGUCAGCCAGCGGUGACCUCGUCCUUCACUCGGUGUCAGUUUUGGUCCUGAAAGUGAAUGAAGUAUCAUUUGGGAUUGAGGUUCGUGGUGAGGACCUGACAGUAGCCUUGCAAGCAGAGGAACUGGCUGUACAGCAGCUGGGCACCGUGGGACUCUGGCAGUUUCUUCAUGGACAGUGCCCAGGCACAAGUUCUCAGGAACCCUCAAAUCUGAAGACUGGCCACACCAGGCCUGCUGUGGGGCUGCGCUUUGAGGUGGGGCCUGGUGCAGCUGUUCAUUCCCCACUGGCCAUACAGAAUGGCUUCCUGCGGUUCUUAUUACGGGGCUGUGACCUGGAGCUGCUCACAUCAGUGCUGAACAGCCUGGGGCCUUUCUUGGAGGACGAGGAAGUCCCAGUGGUAGUCCCCAUGCAGAUUGAGCUCCUGCGCUCCAGUAUUACUCUCAGGGAUGAUAUCCCUCCUAUCUAUCCAACAUCCCCUGGCCCUGUCCCCAUCACUUUGGUAAUGGACCAUCUUGUGCUGAAGCGGAGUGACGAUGGUGUAUUUCACCUUGGCGCUCCUGCUCAGGACAGACCAUUGGCUGAAGUACCUGAGAAGCAGCAGCUCCCAACUGAACAGGUGCUCCCGGUGCCCACAGGACAGGGUUUGGUAGGCCAGGGGAGAGAAUUGCCCACCAUACAGCAAGAGCUUAUGGACACCAAACAAGCACUGGCCAUUGCCAACCAGGACAAAGAAAAACUUCUUCAGGAGAUUAGGAAAUACAACCCUCUCUUUGAGCUUUGACAGCAGCUCAGCUGUCUGUGCCAAGGAGAUAUCACCAGCAAUAGCGCCACCGAGGACAGAGGUGCCACAGAGCCUGCGGGGCAGGGAGCACGCAGUUCACUCCCUCGUGUGCUUCCUGAUGGCUGCUAGCCUGGGUGGAGGACAGGGCAGAGCAUGGCUGCAUCCAGGAACUGGGAUAGCUCUGUACCUGGCUGCACCAUGCCUUGCCAUUAUGUAGCCUUGUAGCCUUCUGCAGACUAGAGAAAUCUUCUCAACACUGUA